AUGAGGCUAGGGAAGAAACAACAAGAAGUAGAAUUUUUGGUUGACACAGGGGCAACAUACUCAGUUUUCAAUCAAGCCUUGAUGCCCCUGGGAAACGACUACAUCAUGGUAAAAGGGGCGACUGGCCAAAGGAAAAAGGCAUAUUUUUGUAAGCCUCUGAAGUAUAAAUUAGGAAAACAAUGGGGCAUCCACAAAUUCCUGUAUAUGCCCAACUCCCCAAAGGCACUAUUGGGAAGGGAUUUGUUGGAACAAUUGGAUGCAAAAAUUACAUUUGAAAAAAGAGAAAUUACUCUGGAGGUAAAAGAUCAGCAAUAUAUCCAGAUACCGAGUCUAUUCUUAACCAGUCUCCCCGCAGAAGGAAAAAUUAGUGAGGAGGUUUUAAACCAGGUAUAUCCUGGGGUAUCGGCCACCGAUGUACCUGGAAGAGCGAAAGAUGCUUCACCUGUUGAAGUCAGACUCAAAGAAGGCCAGCAACCGGUAAGAGUUAAACAAUAUCCCCUAAGGAAGGAAGAUAGGGAAGGAAUCUAGACAAUAAUAAAAAAAUUUUUACAAUUAGGAUUAUUGAAAGAGGGUGAGUCUGAUUUUAACACCUCUAUAUUACCUGUUCGUAAACCUGACGUGUCGUACCGGGUGGUCCAGGAUCUGCGGGCUGUAAAUAAGAUAACUGAAGACCUUUACCCAGUAGUAGCGAAUCCAUAUACCCUGCUGACUGUAUUAACACCUGACCUAACUUGGUUCACUGUUCUAGAUCUGAAGGAUGUCUUCUUUUGCCUCCCUCUCCAUGAAGCCAGCCAAAAUUUAUUUGCAUUCGAAUGGGAAAACCCCAAAAGUGGUCGCAAGACUCAGCUCACUUGGACGGUGUUGCCACAAGGAUUUAAGAACAGUCCCACCAUCUUUGGCAAUCAGCUCGCAAAAGACUUGAAAUUUUGGGAAAUCCCGUCUGAGGAAGGGCAACUGUUACAAUAUGUGGAUGAUAUCCUGACCGCCACCAAAACAGAGGACGAUUGUAUGACCUAG